CUUUAUAUGUGUACCAUUCCCAUCGUCUGAUCUUUAUGUGCAUUGCCAAAGCAUACAAAAACUUGGCAGAGACAGACAGAGAGGAGGAGGUGGGGCACGGUGCAUUAAAUGGACGGUAGAGGUGGUUGUUGUAUAGCAAGAUGCUCCAGCAGUGGAGGUGGUGGUCGGAUGAGCAUGAGUUAUGGUAUGUCGAAGGUGGAGAAAAUAAUGCUCAAGUUCAGGCCCAUCGCACCGAAGCCUCUAGCUGCUGGAUCUGGUUCUAGUUGCUCCACGAUGGAGGACACCGAUGGCUAUGGAGGAACUCGACGACGUAAGCGAAAGUACGUUAGGGUUAACGGCAACAAAGCGAAGAAGGAUACAAGUACUGUUUCGAAGAAACGAAAGGCUUCAGCGUCUUUGCCUUCAGUAGUUUCUGGUGGUGGAGACGCGGUGGUGACGCUGUCCUUGAUGCCGGAGACGCCGGAUCGGAAGGAGAAGUCACCGGCCAGGAGUUCAUCAACUGAAAAUCAAGAUCUGGUCAUAUCUCCGUCCCCCUUAGUAGUAAACCGUAACAAACUUGCACCGAUCUAUUUUGAUGGUCACGUGCGAGGAACGGAGAGCCACUUGGUUCCUGUUACCGAUCAUUCUGUUGCGAUGGCGUCACCUCUACCACUACGAUCGCAGGUUGUUUCCUUCGUGACGAUGGAAAGCGUGACAGAGAAGUGGCUGAACGGUGACGGAAUAGGAUUUACAGACGAAGCGAGGGUGAUGAGCAUGGAGACGGACGCGUGUCCGUCAUUCAUCACGAGCAGCCGUGACAUGGUGGUGUGGACGAAUAAGGCGUAUAGUGAGAUGACGGCCGGUGGUGUUGGAGACGAGACGGUGGUGGUGGUGAAGAAAUAUAAUCGGGUACCGAUGCCGGUGUCUCUUCCGUCGUUCACGUGCAAGGUGAAGGUCACGUGGGGUACUGAAAAAACUUCGUCUUCUUCGAACCUCACGGCGCCGUGCGACGUGUGGCGGUUGCAGCACGGUGGUUAUGCAUGGCGGUUAGACGUUAAAGCAGCGCUGUCUUUGGGCCGCUAAAUUAGCUGAAGUUGUGUUAGUUAUACUUCGUCGAUAAGCCUAGUUUUUUGCUUUUAAAAAAAAAAUCCAAUGAAGAUAAAGGGUGUAGAUUAAAAGACAAUUAAUCCAUAUCAUUUGUACAUGUUCUAAUGUUCCUUAUUUGAUCCUUAAUUACGUUACUAACAUUUAUUUUAAUGUUUGUUA